GUAAUACAGAAGUCAUAGCAGAGAUGGUGCAGAUACAGUGCAGAUUGGGACUCGUUAUCUGGUUGGAUCGGGUACCCAAAGUCGACUUCCCCAACCGCAGCACUCUCGUCACUCGUGGCGCAGUUCCGGCCCGGAUCUCACGACAUUGAGGGGUCUUCCCCAUGGCACACUUGCCAACCUCGGCAGCGACCGCCGAUGGCCAAGACAAACGGAGGCGGAGGGAUGGAUAUUCCUGUCCCUCUCCUUUUUUACAAACCGCUUUCCCUGUAUCCUUACUCCUUAUCUCUCUCUCCCUCUCUUCACUCCUCGCCCGUAACAAACACAAAUGUCUGCUCCGUUAGGAAACCAGUUCUACCUGUGCGGGUUCCCCAUCGCCCAUUCGCAUGCGCCCAACCUCCACAACCACGUCUUCAAGGCGUUGGGGACGGACAAGCAGUUCGGGCUGUGGUCGACGAGCAAGGUCACGGAGGAGAUGCUGCAGCUCGUGCGGAGCGGUGAGCUCGGCGGUGCCGCGUGAGUCGUCCGUCUGCCAGCAACCCCUCCCCGGGAUAGACGCGGACGCCGCCACUGACGCCUGCUAUCCAUCGCACAGGGUGACGAUGCCGAUCAAGACCGCGAUCAUCCCCUUCCUCGACGAGCUGUCGCCGGAGAGCCAGGUGACGAACGCGUGCAACACGAUCGUGAAGGUGAAGACCGCGGACGGCGGCGUCAAGCUUGUUGGCCAGAACACCGACAUCCUAGGCGUGCGCAAUGCGCUCCUGACCGCCCUGCGGGAGCAGUUCCCCGCCAAGCCGAUCCCCUCCGAUGCAUCGGCCGCGUACCAGAAAUCGCAGGGCGCGUUCGCCGGCCUGGUGAUCGGGGGCGGUGCGACGACGCGCUCAGCGGCGCACGCGCUGACGCUGCUGGGUCUGUCGCCGAUCUACCUCAUCAACCGGGACGUCGAGGAAGUCAAGGCGGUCGUGGACGCGAUGCCGCACCUGACUUUCGUCCACCUGCAGACACCGGACCACGUCGAGGAGCAUCUUGUCGGGGAGGGGAAGCCCAAGAUCCUCAUGAUCGUGGGGUGUAUCCCGAGCUUCGCGCCACAGACGUAUGCCGAGCGCAUGGUCUAUACGACUGCAUCGGCGGUGCUGACUGUUCCGUAUGUGGUGCCGACGGCCGAGUCGCCUGUGCUGCCGUACCCGACGCAGCGAUUGUUCCUGGAGAUGCCGUACAAGCCGCUGCACACGACGAUGUUUAAAGUUGCCGAGGCGCAUGGGUGGUGCGUUAUCGACGGCAUCCAGGCGAUGAUCGAGCAGGGCCUCGCACAACAGCGGAUGUGGUUCCGCGGUGUUGCCACGGUCGAGGUCGGGUCAGAUUCGAAUGUUCUUGGGGCUGAACUAGAGGGGCUGGCACGAGCCGCUGUGCGAGAGAAGAUCUUGGCCCCGAUGAACAUGACUGCGAUCCACGCUGAGGUCGAUCAUGCACAGGGCAAGGAGAGCGCUGUCCCGCCGAAGAAAGCAUAGAGAACGAAAUGUAUACAUACAAUUGUAACUAGACACAUAGAACCGCGAGCAGCUUGUGCAUCCUCACACAUUCCCAUUGAGCUCCUGGACCCACACAUCCCAGGCCCUCGUAAUCUGACCCUCAUUGCUCCUCGUCGCAGCACGGCAUUCCUCAGCGUUCAGAAACCGCGCGCCGUCGGCCACCCGAUCGACGCCGCCGGCGAGUGCGCUCAGACUCGUCAAGAUGCGCGCGUUGUGCUGCGUAUAGACGGCACGGUAGACGACAAGCUUCAGCGAGCUGGCGACGAGCGUCGCCCCAUGCCCGCGCAUCAGCACCAGCGGACGCGGCUCCGCAUCCGCAUCCGCAUCCGCCGCCUCGGAGGCGCGGAAGUGCCCCGCCAGCGCGGCGCCCAUCGCGGUGUCCCGGAUGAGCAUGUCCGUCGCGGGCCCGAAGGCGUCGCGGAUCUCGAACACGGGCGGGGACGCGGGGCCGAGGAACGACGCCAUGUGGUACACGGGCUUGAAGGGGAUCGGGAGGAGGCCGAAGGGGAGGAUGUCGGGCGAGUGGAAGUGCACGACGGC